UUAUUUGCUGAUUGUAUGAAGACGUGACGGUCCCCCGGUGUUGCGUUGCACAACUCCCUGACCAAAAACUCAAGGUCCACUUUAAAAUAGCUGUCAGAGUUUCAGCGGUGGUGGCUGACGCGGAGAGGUGGUUGUUCCUCAAGGAAAGUCCUUAAGAAACCAAAGACAAAAUGGGCGACUGGUCAUUUCUGUCAAAACUGCUGGACAAAGUGCAAUCGCACUCCACGGUCAUAGGGAAGAUAUGGAUGAGCGUGCUGUUCAUCUUCAGGAUCCUGGUUCUGGGGGCGGGAGCGGAGAGCGUGUGGGGGGACGAGCAGUCGGGGUUCAUCUGUAACACCCAGCAGCCCGGUUGCGAGAACGUGUGCUACGACCACACCUUCCCCAUCUCCCACAUCCGCUUCUGGGUCAUGCAGAUCAUCUUCGUCUCCACGCCGACCCUGAUGUACCUGGGCCACGCCAUGCACAUCAUCCACCAGGAGAACAAGCUGAGGCAGCACCUGACCCAGAACGGCAAGUGCCCCAAGUACACGGACGACAGGGGCAAGGUCACGAUCAAGGGGAACCUGCUGGGCAGCUACCUGACGCAGCUGUUCUUCAAGAUCGUCUUCGAGCUGGGCUUCAUCGUGGGCCAGUACUACCUGUACGGCUUCAUCAUGGUUCCCAUGUUCCCCUGCUCCAGGAAGCCGUGCCCGUUCACCGUGGAGUGCUACAUGUCCCGCCCCACCGAGAAGACCAUCUUCAUCAUCUUCAUGCUGGUGGUGGCCUGCGUCUCCCUGCUCCUGAACGUGGUGGAGGUGUUCUACCUGAUGUGCAUCCGGGUGGGGUGCCGGACCAGGAGGCGCACGCUUCACCGCACCUCCCCCGAAAACCCCGCCAGCCUAGGGUGGCAGGGCCGCGAAGAGGCGCUGCGGCAGAACGCGGUGAACAUGCAGUACGAAAAUGGGCAGAGUCCGAGCCUCGGGGGCAGCCUGGAAGGAGCCAAGGAGGAGAAACGCUUACUAGCCGAAAAAUAACUCUCUAUAAAUCUCUCUAUUUAUUUACCAUCAGAAUUAGAUGUUUACGCAAGUUAUGAGUAGAGUGUAUGACUGGAGUCUCACUUGUAAUCUUUUUUU